GAGAGAAGAAGACGAAAGCAAAUAAAGCUCAGUUUUCUCACUCUAAAAAUUCAUUCCCAAAGCUCUCUCGCUCUAGCUAUGUGAAGCUGUCUAAGUUAUAUUCUUUUCCCAAUUCUGAGAGCAGGUUUUGAGGUGGUUUUAUGUGCCAAAACAUCUAGCCGGAGUGUCUCUUUGUGCGGUGCUUAGUAGUUUUCGUUUCAAUCGUACGCUUCAGUUAUGGGGAACGCUUGUUGUGUUGCUGCUCGAGACAAGAUGGUGGUGCCUAAUACACCAGCACUCGAGAAUUUGCAAAGAAACACUUUGAGGCAUUCUCCUAAUUGGAGCUUCCGAUGGGAUAAUAGAGGACGAGUGGCAGGUGAAGAGACCUCUGUCAGUUGGUUAUCUGAUGGGAUUAGUCGUAACGAUAUGUCUGAUGUCAAAUCUGAAUCUGCUUUCGUUUCAUCAGAAGGCUCCCCUUUGCACAAUUUUCAGGCGCAGUCAUGGCAGAAAUCUCCUGCUUCAGAUCAAUCUUUUUCAGGAAUUGCAUCCAUUGACACCGUCUCUGAACAGAUCACCCAGAAAACAAAUGAUUCGACCAACCCUGCUUAUUAUCCAUCUCCUGCAAAACUGUCUGUUUCAUUAGCUUCUCAACCAUCAUCCCUUUCAGCGUCACCACUGUCAUCCCAGAGCCACCUGCCAAUGCCACCUGCUAGUUCAUCGACAUUAAAGCUGACACCACGCCCUCAUUUAUCAAAACAAAUCUCAGAUAGUCAAAUCUUUGAAUUUACCUCACCGAGUAGAAGCUCAGCAACUGAAGAGAGGCUGGGGAAUGAAUCUCAAUCUGAUGGUUGGUCCAUGCAGGCCUUUUCCGAAAUGAUGGCGUAUUCUCGCAGAGAGUCUUGCUCUUACGAGAACGAGAGCUUUGGGCUUCGUCGUGACAAGAUAGACCAUCUACGAAACAGAAAGUCCAAUGAUCAGCAAAACUGUGGUGCUUGCUCGAGAUCCUUAUCUGAGAAAUCUUUGUUGACUAGCCAGAAGAUGUUUGCAACUAACGAGCUCUCUGUAGCUGCAAUUCUAGCUUGUGGGCACGUAUAUCAUUCAGAUUGUUUAGAGCAGAUGACACCUGAAAUCGACAAAUUCGACCCUCCUUGCCCCAUCUGCACACUGGGGGAGAAGAAAACAUUCAAAUUGUCGGAGAAAGCAUUAAAGGCAGAUUUGGAUAUGAAAGCUAGACAAAACAAGAGACUAAGAAACCGCGUUGUGGACAGCGAUGACUUUGUCAUGUUUGAUCACAACCACAAGGCGGUGGUGGCAGGAUACAAAGGUAAAUCCCCGAAGCUAGUAUCGAGUUCAAGCUUAAGAAACUAUUCCCCAAAGCCUUUCCUUGCAAGACACUUUUCUUUCGGGUCCAGAAGUAACAGUGUUAAAUCCCCAAAAGAGAAUCAAUCGCUGCUAAAGAAAGGCUUUUUCUGGACCAAAUCUAGCAAACAUUGAAUAAACUGUAAGCAUCACUUAUGAAUUUGAAGCUCAUGGCUCAAACCAAGGAGUGACACAAGUUAAACCUUGAUGAUUGUUGAAUCUUGUUGCAGAUUCUUGGUGUGGUGUUUCUCUUCGUAAGCUAGGGCCGUCGACGUUACGGAUACUUUAUCAAAAUAUACACACUUGUAUGUGUACAUUUUAUAGAAUUCCUCUCCCAAGUCUCAACAAAAUGUUUCUUCUCCCUUUUGUUUCUGGUAACAUUCCCAAAGUCUUACACUUGUAAUUAUAAUAACUAUCAUAGGAUAAGGUAAAAAGUUAUCUGACUCUGGGUUCAUUGGUUCAAAGGGAUUCAUAUUGUAUUGUAUUAUACAACAAUUUAAAAACAAUGCUAUUCUUUAUUUGGUA